AUUCAACCAAAGGAACCACCAUGAUUUCAUUUAUUCUCAGUCUGCAAGUUGCAAUUUUCCUGCCUAUUUCACUUUCCUAUGAACUUAAAGAACAUGAUGCCCUUUGUGGACCAAGUGACUCAUGUUAUGCAGUCUUUUACCAGCGACGUACUUUCCUGGAGUCUUGGAGAGCUUGUCGAGAAAGAGGUGGCAACCUAGCAACUGUCAAAAAUGCUCAGGAAGCAUCUUUAGUUGAACAACUUCUUACUUCCUCAACAGGUUCCCGCAGUGAUGGAGACCUGCAACUAAGGCUUUGGAUUGGCUUGCAGCGUCAGCCCAGGCAGUGUGCUCCUCAAAAGCCUUUGCGUGGCUUCACGUGGACCACUGGAGACCAAGACACAGCUUACACUAACUGGGUUACCCAAGCAGUGUCAGCAUCGUCCACAAGUUCCUGUUCAGCUCCACGAUGUGUGGCAAUUGGAUUGGGCUAUGGUAAACCAGAAGAUGAUUUUAAAUGGCUAGAAGGAUCUUGUACAUUACCUGUUGAUGGUUUUGUAUGCAAGUUUCGCUAUCAAGGAUUGUGUUCAACUUUGACUGAAGUAUCUGUUCGCUAUUCUGUACCCUUUGGCUACGAGGGUACCUGGCUAGACUUGCUUCCAUUUGGUACUGUUGCAACAGUGUCAUGUGAAGGGCAACAUCAGAGUACGUCUGUCCUCUGCAUGUUAAAGGAGGAUGGUACAGUGGGAUGGAACAAGAAUGAACCUUUUUGCCAAAGUCCUGAAGACUUACAAUGCCAGGAAUGUCAGCAACUGUGUGAUAGAGGAGUUUGUAGCUGUCAAGAUGGGUAUGUACUUCAGCCAGAUGGACACUCCUGUGAACCAGAGGAUGACCACAAUUAUGAAGCACAAGGAUGCCCUUGUCAAUAUCAGUGCAUAGCUGGAACAAAUGGCCAGGGUUACCAAUGCAUAUGUCCAGAAGGCUAUGAACUGGCUGCUGAUGAACAUAGUUGUGAAGAUGUAGACGAAUGUGAAGAUGAAGAAACAUGUGAACACUCCUGUCAAAAUACUCUGGGCUCAUAUACUUGCUCUUGUGACUUGGGUUUUACUGUUGCAGAAGAUGAUCCUGAGCGCUGCGUAGAUAUAGAUGAAUGUCGUAUUGCUCGUAUGUGCCAACAAAUGUGUGUGAACUAUAUUGGGGGCUUUGAGUGCUACUGUAGUGAGGGCUAUGAACUGGAUGUGGAUCGUGUGAGCUGCAAACCUUUGGAUUUAAUAGAGCCUAGACAUGAGCCAAAUCCAUCUGUGACCAGAAUUUUUGAUCAGGAACUGGAGACUUUUGAUACAGCAACCGAGGGUUGGUACUGGGAAGACCUAUAUGACACAGAAACUCCUGCUCGGAGUUACACAGACCAACCAACAACACCCUUUAAAAAAGAAACAACGACUGUGGGGCCAACUAUGAACAAAAUAUCUGAGACAACAACAUACCUACUAGACUUGGAAAACCACAUGGAAAUAACAGCUUCACCCACUGUUACCCAAGCUCAGACUAUGCCACCAUCCUAUAAGAUGGAUAAAAUCAGAAGAACCACUUUCCAAACUAACCCCCCUAGGUUUUUUUUAUCUUCAACAAUUCCUGCAAAGUACUUAUCAACCACAUUACCGAAAGAUGAAUCGAGUGUUGAUGAAUGGCAGAGGGAAAAGUUCACAUCUGCUAUAUACACAACAGUACCAUCCAAAACCAUUACAGCUUUGGAGCAGGCUAGGAUAUCAACCACGGAACCUUACAUUUUCCCAGAAGAUGAUAAUCCAACAACAACAGAAGUGCCAACAACCGGAGUACGUAUAAAUAUAAACACAGUGUCUUCAUUGGACCUAUCAUUGUCUAAUCAUAUUGGAAAUGCUGUAUCGCCCGAUAUAUCAUCUAUUUCUUCCAACACAUCCCAAGAAUCAAAGGGAAAAAGGGACAAUCGAUGGUUGGUGGUAGCCUUACUUGUUCCUCUGUGUGUUUUUCUGGUAAUUAUGUUAGCACUUGGUAUUGUGUACUGUACACGUUGUGGAGGGGAAACAAAACCUCGAAGUGUCACUGACUGCUAUCACUGGGUAACAGGUGGUGGGCCUGAGAAAGGCCUUCCUCCUUCAGGGGUAGAUAUAUCCAACAAUCGAGGAGGUGUUUAAAGAACCAUGAGGAUUCUAGAAUUUUAAAUUAGAAAAUUAGCACUAAAUGUGGUACUCUUAUGGGUGAAUAUUUUGUCUGGGCUUGGUACAGAUAA